UUUUUAUUUUAUUUUUUUUUUCUUUGCACUCAUCGCCACGCAGCCAGCGUGUUGAUCAUCAUCUGAUUAUCGCCUUAUAUUUUCCUCUUUACUCUUUUUCUCUAACCUUUUUUUCAUAUUGUUCUAAAGGAUGUUUUCUGGGUUGGAUUCAAAACUGAAACUGGAGGUCGUUAAUUCUUCUCCAAGUCGCUCCACAAAUGGAGUUGGAUCAUCCUCUAUUCAUCAACAACAACAACAAACACCCUCCUCAUCCUCCUCAAAUUUUCACUUGCCUGAACUAAAACCUGUGAUUAACAACAAUAAUGGUAAUCAUCAUGAUGGUGCUAAUGAAAGUCAAAAUGUUUCUACUGAAGAAGGUUUCUCUUAA